AUGGCACUGGCCAUCAUCCUGGGUUGGUGGCUGGUGGCAGCGAGCAGGGCCCAGCAUCUGUCCCCUGUCCUAGUGCUCCGACCCUCCCUUUCGCUGCACCCCAGCCAGGGGGUGUCACUGGGGGACACUGUCACCCUGCGCUGCCACCUGCCCCAGUCGGCUGCCAGGGUCUGGCUGUACAAAAAAGGACGUUGGACAUACAGCAAUUACAAGUACAAGGUGCAGGACACUGCAGACUUCUCCUUCUUGAGCACAAAUCGGGAGCACGCAGGUACAUAUUGGUGUCAGUACCGAGUGCCUUGGUCAGCAAUGGUAUCCGAGAGAAGUGAUGCUGUGGAGCUGGUGCUGACAGAUCGCAGUUUCCCCCCACCCAGCAUUUCCCUGAGCCCUGAGGAAUGUGUGGAGAUGGGGACCAAUGUCACCAUCCAGUGCUGGAACAAGGACUAUGGGGCCGCCUUCCUCCUGCACAACCCGGAUCCCACAGGUGCUGCAGACAGUUCCCAUGGGAACCUGGUGGUGGCAGUGGCUGGGGGCUGCACUGCUGCCUUUGUCUUCAUCCUCGUUUUUGUUGUCUUCUUCCUUCUCACUGCCCAGAGACGUCGGAUACGUAGAGAUGAGUGCCCAGGCACCCCUGCAGAAAGGCCUGAGGACAUGGAAUUCCAGGUGCCUUCCAGUGACAGCGAGGGUCUGACCUACAUGGAGCAGCAAGCUGUGACCCCCAGCACUCAGCCCCUCAACCCCCCUGCUGACCCCCAGCCCUCUGUUAUCUACGCCGAGGUAGCAGUUGGGAGGCAUCACUGAUGCCUCCAUACGUGUGCACAAACACGUGGGUCUAGUGUGCACACAUGUACUGCCAGCGUGCACAGUGCAGGUGUGUUGUGUGUGCUUACCGUCACGUGUGCACUGCAUGCAUGUAUCACUGCAUGUGUUCCUGUGUGUCACAUGUGUUCACCGUCACAUGUGCACAACAGUUAUACCCAGAUGUGCACUCCGUGAUUAACUCCAUUCCUUGGUGUCUGCAGCAUCACGCGUGUACACCAGUAGAUGUGCACAGUGCUGCACAUGGGUGUCCUUAGCAUGUUUUCUGAGACCAGUAAAGAAUGCAUGAGGUGAGCAACAAG